UUAAAUAAUGUAAAGUUGUUCCAAGCUAAAACGAAACAAAUCAACUUUAAUUAAGCUGCGAAAUGGGUCAGAAAUGUAAAUUUUGAGCAUUAAAAUUAGGCCAAAAGCUCAGGUUUUCACAAAGGUAAAUGAGACGUGUUGUAUAAGACAUGAAACUAAAGCAAUUUAAAGCACACGACUGUGCGGUAUACCCAACUGUGCCAAUAGUGCCAUUUUAAACUUACUGAGGUUCAAAGAUAAAAAUAAAUUACUUAUGACUUAUACUUAUACAACUUACUUACACUUACAAUUACAACUUUGAUGUUUAACUACUUGGUGAGGAUUGUUGAACUUUUUACGUUUACUAAUAAAGUGAAAAGUGUCUGUCUCUUUAAUUUAAUUUUAAGUUAAAUAGGCCUACUUUGUGGUAAUGAUAUUAACAGUAACUCAGUCUUAUUGAGUCUUACUCUUCUUAUUCUUAUCCUUUUUACUCUUUAAAUUUAUUAAUAAUAUAAUGUUUAAAUUUGAAACUAAAAUUACUAGUACUAGAAAUGAAACUAAAGUAGAUUUGACUUAGGUAAGACUAAGUAGUAAACAGUAAAUAGUAAAGACUAAAGUUAAUAAAGUCUAAAGUAUAGCCCACUGAGAUAGGCUAACUUACUUACUUACUUACUUACUAAGAAGUUAGAAUUAGUUAGAAUAUAUGAUUUUAGAAAUUAGUAAUCCUAAACAAAGUGUAGAAUUAUACUAUUACUACGAAGUAUUUCAAUAUAUUAUAAAAAAAUUACUAAUUAUUAGCCUAUGCCUAUAUAAGUAGGCUAUAUUAACUUAUGAUUUAGGCCUAUAUUUAUAAAAAAUUAUAGUUUGGUAGGCCUUAAUUUCCUUAAAUUUCUAGUCACUAAAUUACUAAAAUUACUAAAAUGUCAGUAGUAGAAGAGUAGAGUUCAUGUCAUUAGGAUUAUAAUUAUACUUUUAACUUGAAUGAAAUUAAGUCUUAAAUUAAGACUAAAACUAAAAGAAAUGAAUAGUAUUUUGAAUGAUUCUUCUAUAACUAUAGUAUAGUAUAUCAUGUUAAAAGUAUCUACUAAUCAUGUCUUAAUGUAUCACAGUGGCGUAGCUAUGGGGGUGCGGAUCGCACUGGGUGACACCAUCUUGGGGGUGGCACCAAACUGACAAAUUACAUAUGUACUAGAGCACGCAAUGCUCAUUCUAAACGAAUUCCAUAAAAGGAUAACCCAUCAUACGUAAAUUUUCCACACAUGUUUCUAAUCCAAAAUCAAAUCCCUGGAAUAUCAGUGAAAAGUCUUUCAACAACAGGUUUGAGUGUUCAUCAUGCUGCUGUUAAAACAGUGAAAGAUAACUUUAAUGAAUGUGUGGUGGCCAUUGAGGCUCUAUACUAUGUGAUCCUCUUGAAAAUUUGCAUACAUGAGGUACAGCACCAGGUCUUUUACAUGCUGUCUGUUGUUUCAAGCUUGUCUGCUACCUUUACCUUUGGGCUGAUCUACGUAAAGAAGUUAAUCUUUAUUACACAGCAGUAUCUGCAGACUAAAUGCUUUAUUCUUGAAAAAGUGGUGACCAGCCUCGAGGUAUUAGUAUUGUUUCUGCACGAGAAGUGGUCACUCAGUAGAAAAUACUAUGGAAAAAGCACUUUUAAAAAUCAGACCACAAUGGAAUUUCUGUGAGAAGAUUAAGUUUUAAAAACAGAAUGGCAGGUGAACAAUUAAUAAAUGCUGGACUCUCUGCGAGAAGAACAGUUGGAAGAUUCGGGAGUGUGUUGAUCGCUUUCAUUCUGAACCCCAGAUCAGAUCAUCAGCGAUCAAGGAAGUAGCAGGUAUGUUUGGGGCUGCUCAGCCCAAGAAUCUAUCAUCAGCAAGAAUAGUUAUUGUUGUCCGCUCCAAAAUUAACCUCUUUCUAUGAUGAGCUAUCAGAAGAUACAAAGGCUUAGAGGACACCUAAAGGCAGCUGAUAUUGAAUUUCACAAAGUCAUGGACUGGUCAGUAUAUGAUGUUUUGAAAUUUAUAGCUGAAUGGGACUUUCUAGAAUCUCCUCCAAUAUUCUUGCUAAGCCUUGAAUUGUUUAAAAUCUGUGUGUCUGUACAUUCAUGUGAGCGGAGCUUUUCAGAAUUAAGGCGUAUCAAGAACUAUUUACGAUCCACCAUGGGGUAGUCAAGGCCUUCUGAUUAGGCUCUACUAUUAAUUGAAAGUGGUACGGUGAAGAAUAUUGAUUAUGAUCAAGUGAUUGACAGAUUUAUGGAUUUGAAGACCAUGAAAGGAACAUUUCAAAUAAAGUAAAUUUAAUGUAAAAAUAACUAUAACUUAACUUUAUUAUAUUUCUUAAAUACAUUUACCUCCCCUGGUCGUUAAUUUGUUGUUUUUUUUCUUGUCAUUGUUAUACUGUGGACUUAUUUUAACAAGAAGAAAUCCAUCAUGGAAGUCGGGUGGAGGUGGGUGACACCAUGAGUUUACCGCACCGGGUGACACCAACCCUAGCUAUGCCACUGAUGUAUCAGACCACUAUACUAUUACUAUUAGUAUUAUUAGUAAUAAAAAAUAUAGUAAAUAGGCCUGCACUACUAAUAGUAUAGUGCUCUUAAACAUUGACAUUAUACAUUAUUACAUACAUUUAACAUGAAUAGCUUUGCUUCUAAUUUCUAAUCAUAUAUAAUAUGGGAACAGUUUGGUCAUUUAUCUAGUACAGAUAAAUAAGACCUCAGAAAAGCACAUCCGUUUUUGUUGCAUUACUUAAUUAAUGACAGACUAAAUGGUAUAUGUCACAGUUGUCCUGACAAUAUUUUUUUUAAUAUAUAGUAUUUCAGGGAAGAGCAGUUCAAAGAAAUGAAAUUCAAACGGUUUCAUUUAUGUGAAAUUUUAGGUAAAAUGUCCAUUGACAUCUUAUCGAACAAAAACAUUUCUUAUUAAUUUAUAUCAAAGUCUUGCAACACCCCAUUUGAAAAACACAGGAAUAGCAAAUUGCAGGGUGGGCAGGUAGGUAAUGUUACACAAAAAAUGCCAUUUCCCAAAUAGCUGAAUACAUUUUUAAUAACAGGUUUUAGCACUCACUAUUAGGUGACAUAACUUGCAAGCUGGGUGUGCAGUGAUAGUGGCAUCCAACUAGUCAGGCUUUGGUCACUCAUGGACGCCCUGGAAUACAAAUAAAGCUCAUAACCUCUGAGUUCAAGAUUGGCCUUGGCUCAUCUGCUGAAAUAAAUGAUUAACUAAUAUUACUCAUUUAAUUAUUAUUCAUUGCUACAUUUUCAGUCUAGAAAAUGACAUAGAUAAUUGACUUCCCAGUAAAGUGACUUUACAAAAUUAAUCAUCCAGUAACAUCUGCACGCUGAUUGCUUAAGUCCAAGAAAAGCUGUAUAUAGGCCUAAUUUAGCUAAAAUUUCUAUUCAGAUGCUCCAGAGACUUUUGACAACUUCUGAUAAAUUGAAAAAAGAAACUUCAACAGUAAAUGAGGUAACUUUUGCAUCAAAAUUGUACAUUUUAUUUACACUUUGUAUGAGAGAAAUUCUGCUAUUUAACCUAACAUUAGAGAGAGUUAUAUCUUAUAUGAAACAUAAAAAUUGCCACCUGAGGAACCAUAGAAAGAUACUUUCUGAGGGAGACAGAAGAGCCACAAACAAUAGGCACUCUCUACAAUCAACCCCUUCAGUAUCUUACAUAUGCUGAUGACAUAACACUGUUAGGCAAAAGUAGCGAAGACAUAUCAAAAGCCUUUAUUGAAUUAGAAGACGCAUCACUACAAGCAGGGCUGGAAGUUAACAACCAAAAAUCAAAACACAUGACUAUGAUAAAAGAAGAACAGACAGAUGAAACCAUUAAAAUUAGAAAUACUACUUUUGAAAUAAUAAAUCAAUUCAAAUACCUAGGAUCUUUAUUAAUUGAGAGAAAUGAAUUACUAACAGAAAUAAAAGAAAGAAUAUUGGCUGGAAACGAAGCAUACUUCUGUAGUCAGAAAAUACUAAAAAGUAAAAACAUUUCAAGAAAAACAAAGAAAACUAUUUUAAAAAACUCUUAUCAGACCAGUUUUAACUUAUGCAAGUAAAUCGUGGACCCUAACAAAAAUGGCAGAAAACCUAUUAAACACAUGGGAGAGAAAAGAACUCAGGAAAAUAUAUGAACCAACAAAGGAUGAAUAUGGAUGGAGAAUACAAACCAACCAAUAAUUUUAUAUUCUAUAUCAGGAUCCCACGCUAGUAGCAGAAAUAAAAAGGGCAGGCUACACUGGGCUGGACACUUAGCAAGAAUGCCAAAUGACAGAGGAGUGAAGAGGGUGCACCACCAAAACCCCAGAGGAAAAUGUCUCAAGGCAGAUCUAGGCUUAGAUGGUUGGAUGGAAGAUGUGGAAAAAGAUCUACAGCAGCUGGGAGACCAAACAUGGAAAAGAAAGGCAUUAUUUAGGUCUGAGUGGAAGGAAGUGGUGAGGCAGACCAAAUCCCUAAAUGGGCUGUAGCGCCACAGGGAUGGUUGAGAGAAAUUGGAAAUUCAAUUUGCCUUAGUAUCAAAUGACAAUGCAAAGUUGAAUAAUGGUUAAUAAAAAAUAAUUUUCAAAACUUUACAGAGGUGUGAAGAUGUUGAGGAAGGUCAGCCACAUAAUCCCUACAAUGAGAUUCUGAUAUUACAACACCACUCAGAUAUUGUGAGAUUAUUGUUACGAAUAAGUGAUAGAAGGUAACUAGGGAUUCCAAUUACAUUUUUUUAAAAAUAUAAAAUGUCUUAAUUAUUUUUUUUCAGUCUUCCUAAAUAAUUUUCAGGUUUUUCCCACCACUUAAGCCAUUGUUUAAAAACCACACAUUGCACUAUGUCGUAAUAAAACUUGGACAAUCAGAUUUAAUGUAAAAAAAAAAAAAUUUUCUUAAAAAACAUUAAUAUUUCUGAAGUGAACAUUUUUCAAAAGGCUCUAUUGAUUAGUUGUAUUAUAAAUUAUCAAACUGAUUAGAAUUCUAGCCGAUAUAUAUUUAAUUUUUUUCAGGUUUGUUUCAGCUGGUGAUGACAACAAUGCUGUGAUAUGGGAAGUGCAGGUAUUUUCUUUUUCUUUAAAUGUUCAAAUAAGAUUUAUAUAGAAGUAUGUUAUUUUCUGCUUUUUCUGAUCUCCCAUCCCUGUCAGUUGUCAAAAUCCUACCCUCUCUCAACUCCCUCUAAACAGAACCUCCUUUUCAUGGUCCCUGGUCAUCCUCCCCCUACCCCAUCUCAGUCCCCCUGGUCUCAAUCCUACUCCAAUCUUUCCCCAUCACCCACAACCCCACCAUUAUCUCAAUCACCAUUAUAUCAUCCUACUCCUUCCUAUACUAUCCCAUUAACACACUAGUAUUACAUUAAUUACCCUCAUUCUCUCCCUCAGUCCACUUUGAUUGCCCUCUCAACCAGUGUCUUUCAGCUGCCUCUUUUAUCCCUAAAAUACUCCCCUAUUUCUCUCACUGUGUUACACGUAACUUCUCUCUUAAAGAAAUAGCCAGUUUUCACUGGCCCCUUUUCCCCUUACUUAUAAAUUAAAAUUGCCAAUAACAUUUUUAAGUGAAAUUAAAUUGCAUUGAGCAAUAAAUUCCGGGGUCCUUGCGUAAAUUUAAAAUUGCAUUGCAUUUUAUUCCGCCUUUCAAAAGUUUUUGCUCCUUCAGUUACCUGCCACUGCCUUCACUUGUGCAAACACUCUUGCCCUUAUGUUUGGUUUUAUAGAGGAGAUUUAGUUCAUGUUGCUUAUAAAACCUUGAUAAGAAAAAACAUUCAACAAUAUCCUUUGUAAAUCUUUUUUUAUUAAAAAUUAUUUUGACAGUAUGGUCGUCGAGUUGCUACUCUGUUGGGGCAUACUCAUCCAAUUACAAGUCUGCUUCUACUUCCUGGCAUUGAAAGCAAUGACGACGCCCUGAUAAUAUCUGGCUCUUCUGACAAGCAUAUAAAAGUAAGUGCCUUUGGAGAUGGAUGUGAUGCAUAGCAUGAAUGCCUUUGGAGAUGGAUGUAAUGCAUAGCAUGAAUGCACGCACACAUUUAAUUUAGCUUAAUAUAACAUUGACCUUCCUUUCAAAACUUCUAAAAAAAAAAUAUAUUUUUUAAAAUUUAGUGUGUUACCAUAUAUACAAUUAAAAUGAGUUCAUGAUCAUGAAAUAAUUAUUUUAAAAAUAAUAAUUAAGCUUGUACUUCAAUUAGUGAGCUAUUCAUUUUAAAUUCAAAUUGAGUAAUUAAAUUUUUUUUACUUUCUUUGUAAAAAAAUUAUGCUAACAGACCUUCAAACCGUUUAUUUUAUAUCAUAAAAGUUUUUAAAAAAAUUAAAUACAGCUUCAUUUUCUAAGCUUGUAUUCCAAGUAUUUUGCCAAGAUUUUAAACUGUUUGUAAUCCUCUUUCUUGUCCAGAUGUGGAAUGCUGAUACAGGUGAAUGUGUGCAUACUUUGACUGAGCACGGAGCUUCAGUUAGGGUUGGUUCUUUUUUUUUUUUUCAAAUUGAAAAACUUUCUCCUCUUUUGUAAAAUUGAUUUAAUAAAGAAAAAAUGAAACAAAUAGUAGGGACAUGUAUGAGCAAUAAACAAAUCAAGGCAUCAUUAUAUUAACAACAAAUACUCUUUUAAUAUUAUUUUCAAUGAGAUACUUUGACUGAGCACGGAGCUUCAGUUAGGGUUGGUUCUUUUUUUUUUCAAAUUGAAAAACUUUCUCCUCUUUUGUAAAAUUGAUUUAAUAAAGAAAAAAUGAAACAAAUAGUAGGGACAUGUAUGAGCAAUAAACAAAUCCAGGCAUCAUUAUAUUAACAACAAAUACUCUUUUAAUAUUAUUUGCAAUGAGGUAUCUGAAAUUGAAAUGACUGAUAUUAAUCAGCAACAGAUGAUUUAAAAUGUGUCUGUGUUUCUGUAAAAGGGUGCAAUACAUUCACUCUAUGGUUAAUGUUAAAAUUACAUCUUAAAUCAAUGCUAACAUGCUUCUAUGACUGGAUUAGGGCAUCCUCCUGGGGUGGUAAAUUACUGAAAGUGAAAUUAAGGAAAAGGGAUGAAAGGAUUGUCAGACCAUGGUGUGUUAGGAUUUUUGUGAAGUCAAGUCGUUGCAAGUGCUACAAUUUAUUUGAACUUCAGUACUGCUGGUUCCCCAGGAUCCUUACAGCCAGAUACAUGCAUGCAUUUUAUUUUAAUAUCCCCUUUAACACAGGAAAAAUUUUGUUUGCAUUGUACACUACAUUAACAUUAAGACCUACUAGCUUUUAAAAAUUCCAUAUUUAUAAAUAUGGAAAAUGUCCUGAAACCCUUAAUAUUUUUUUUUUCAGUGUCUUCAGUUGAUAGACCAUGGACUUUUUUGUGCAGGAGGAGAAAAUUUAUCUUUAUGGAGCAGAGAAGGGCAGUUUUUAGACUUAAUAGAAAAUCCUGCCAUUGAAGGUAUUUUUGAAAGCUGGAGUUUUAAAACUAGAAGAGAUUGAUGACCUUUUUUCCUUAUAAAAUUUUGUGGGGGAACCCCAACAAAUGCUUUGUGAACUCUCUGGGGAUCAAAUUACUGUCCCCAUUUUGAGAACUGCUUUUUAACAGAAUAAACACUACAUUUUUAAGUUCAAGAAAAAAGUUAAUUUUCUAAAGACAGAUAGAUAGUUUAUUUACAAGGGUUAUUUUUUGCAUAACAGUGCAAAUGAGUUUAUGAAAUAAUUAUUACGUGAAAUGAAAUUUUCACUUAAAAAAAUUUAAUUAAGGGAUACAUUAUUUUCCUUUAGAUAUUCAUUUGAUGAUUUCUAUAAAGAACGAUCGUCUGGUCACAGCUGCUGGUAAAGAAUUAGGUGAGUAUAAAUUUGUUGUCCUUUAUUUGUUUCUCUGAUUGGGAUUUUUGUAAUCAGUAUCAGAUCUUCAAGUUCAAACAAUGCUGCCACAGGUAUAAAAAUAAACACUUUUAUCUAAAUUAUUUCUUGGUUUUAAUUAUUUCAAUUUAUUUCCUUGGAACAGUUGUUUACAGAUUAAACCUUGAGGGGAGCACACCGAAGCUAAUUAAAAUAAAAAGCAUGCAGUCUCACUUUGAGGCAAUUCACUCCUUGAUUCCCAUAUCAAGUAGGUUGUUUGCUUGUAAAAUUUAGUUACUUUUCGAAUUAUGUUACAUCAGUGUUUUUUUUUUUAUAAAGUAAGGUUAAAUGGUUUAUACUCACUUAUGAAGAAAAUCUUAAUUUCAUUGCAUUAUUAAAGUACUUAUCUGUAAACCUUAUUAAAUAUACAGAAAUUUUAUUAUAAAAAAAAUGUUCAAUACAUUAUGAUAAAGAACAAAAAUUUUUUCAUAAAAUUAAAUUUAUUUAUAAUAAUUUGUUUUAUCAUCUUUUUUUCCUAGCCUCUUGCUUUGGAACUGGCUCAGUUGAUGGGAUGAUAAUCAUAUGGACCUCAUCUAACCUCCAGCAAACCAAAAUUCUCUCUGCUGUGACAGAGUACAAAGAUGAGAACAAAAGAUUUCCUUACAGUAUUCAAGCUCUAAUCUGCAUACAAGAAGUAAGAAGUGGACAUUUUGGUGCAUUGUGUAAACUUUAAUAAAAAAAAUAUAUUGUGAUUUCAUUCCAAAUAAUUAUUUUCGAUCUCAUCGAAAAUUAUCAUUUUGCAAAUUUCAAAUAUUAAAAUCAAGAUAGACUAUAGGUUGCUUUGUAAAUUUUGAAUACAAUUAAAAUUAUAUGUUUUAUGCAAUACUAGGAUGUAUAAAUAUAUUAUUGUUAGCAAGCAAGUGAUCUUAAUAAUUUCUAUAUCAGGCAUGAUUUAUUUGUAGCUAUGCAUCAAAUAAAGUUUAUUCAUAUGUGAUUAUCUGGUAGAUAUUGCAUUUAUAUACAUUAGGAAAUGGCAUCAUUGAGCCAGAGCUCUUAAUGCCCUCUCUAUAGCAAACCCUCCCCCCUCCCCUCCCCCCAGCUCAAAAUGUCCCCUAACUAUCAGACUGCAAAGCAGCACAUUGGAGAUCUCCUCCAGCUAGGACAGCCCACACAUAUAUUAUCUUCACUCGAUUGACUAACUUUACGCUGCCAUCUCAACCUAAGGACAUCUUGUCGGUCAAUAUUGCUGCCUUUUUACUAGUAAUCGACUUUCCCGGGGUCAGGAUGAUGCAUUUACAUCCUUACAUCCUCCCCUGUCUGUCCUGGGAAGGUGUCGAAUGCCCUCUAAUAGUGUUUUCUAGAGUGGGUUUCUACCUCUUGUAAAUAGUUCACAAAGUAGCUGGGAUGAAAUGGUUGGCUAGGAACAGCCUCCUCAAGGACUAAGUGUUUAGAAUCAUUUACAUGAGGAUGCUACUAACCACCUCACACCUCAUAUUCGUCAUCUGCAAGAUAGUAAUCAUGAUCUCUACCCUGUUUCUACCGUUAUUUCAACUGCAGUUUGCAAAGCAGAAACCAUGCUUGCUCUUUGUCUGCCCAUGCAGGAUCACACAAUGGUGGUUAAUGUUCCCCGGGUAGCACUUGGGGGUCGGUGGCAGCAUGCCACUACUGACAUCCCGACCAGAGACCCAGGGAGUUGUAUAAUGUAUUAAAUUGUUUGUUUUGCCAAUAUAUUGAAGUCAAGUUAUAUAAACAUAAUUAUUUUCAAAAAUUUAAACCGGAGACAGACAUUUCAAUAUCAUUAUAUUGUUAUUUUUAACAUAUCAGUGUGUCUAUGACAGCAGUGUCCAGUUGACAUCUGAAAAUCCUUCCGUCAAGAUUAUAAUAACUAUGAUUUCUGGGCCCUUAUGGAAUUGUGUAGAAAUAUCAAGCAAUGAGGUCAGAAACUAUCUUUAAAAACAUGACUGCAGAUCUAGUCCUAUUCUUAUUUGGCUAAAUAGCAAAAUACCACUUUUGUGGCAUGUUUUGUUGCAUUGUUUUUAGCAUUGCAAUCAGUAAACUGAGUCUUUUUUUAGGGUACAACAAUUGAAAAUAUAGGACAAGCAGCAGCUGUGUGAUCACAUGUAUUCUGUCUUUUCAGCGCUAUCUUUUUGCUGCUAUUGGAUGUGGAUUUUAUGCCUUUGAUAUCACAGCAGAUAAAGAGACCCUUGUUCUUCAGAAGAGGUCAGCUCACUUAUCAAAGAUAACCUCCAUGGGAUUUGCUUGUGAAGGGUAAGAAUGUUUUAAUUUUUCUUUUUUAAACUAAUCAAACAUCAAUGGGGUCUCAUAUAUCUGUUGAAAGAAAUUUUGCAAUUUGAAGAAAUUACCCGCGUUCUAAGAUAAAUGUGAUGACAGGUGAUUUAAUUCAAACUUAAUUUAUGUCACCCGUGAACUGUAUUUAGCGAGCUACUAGCCACCUGUGCUGAGGACAGGUGCAUGAGACUGUGGGGCCGCAAACCUUCAUCGGAUCCACCGAAAGGGAACAUGGCGGUCACAACAAUGGAGAGAUUUACUGGUCUUCAGUAAGUUUUACUACAACUGGGAGCCGUUAAUAAAGUAUUUAUAUUUGUGCAAUACUUUCUUAUGUUGAGUGAAAAUGAAUAUUUCCAAUGUCCAAAGCUCUAAAAGAUUUACAACGUUUGUGUGAUAUCUGUUUUUGCUUGCACAUUCCGUUGUUUGAUCAAGUUGGAAGUCAGUUUUAUUGGAGUGAAAACUUUUUUGGAUUAUCCACUUUAUAAGACAAAUAUGAAGUUAUUGCUAUUUAUCCAAGGGUGGAAGUUGUUAUGUUACACUUACAAAUAUUAUACACAAGAUCUGGACUGGGUUAUGUUUAUCAUUUAAAGGAUUGAAUUUGAAUAAUUUUUGGGCUGUUGGUGCUAACAAUACUAGUAUUUCAAUAGGUCCAAUGAACUCUUGGCAUUAAACUCACCGUGGGAACCAAGUUUACUCGGAGAAUGCUGUGCUCAUGGUGGGCCUGUUCAGGUAUAAUUUCAUCUGGAUUUCAUUUAGGUCACUGUUAAAAUUAAUGUACAAUAAAUCAUGUUUAUUUGUGUAGAGAAAUGAAAGAUACUGUUAAAUCUUCUGAUUACCUGAACUGAGGCAUUUUUUUUACAAAAUUUUAUACCAUGUUAUAGCUUAACUUAUGUAUAGUUGAAUUCAAGAUAAUCCCACACGAAUGUCAUCUGUAGAAGUUUACCCCAUUAAGGCAUUUUUUCUUUUUGUCUAGGAGUGGUAAUGCCUGUGAAAUGUUUGCAGUUUUAUGGUUUUAGUGAUCCUGUAUUAUAUUAUUUUUAGGGUUUCUUGGACUUUGAUCAUGAGGGAAUAGUGACUUGUGGGUCAGAUGGACUUGUCAUAGUUUGGAAGGUAAUUAUACUUAAUAGUACUUUUAGCUUCAUUAAAAUCAGGUUGGGAAAUUAGUCAAAAGUAGAAUGAAUUUAGUGGUCAAUAGUAGACAUAAUAUUUCUGAAACAGAAUUUCUUUUUAAUCUGAGACCUGAUUAAUGAUUAAUUAUCUGGACAAUUUCUAGCUUUUUUUGUUUCUCAGGUUAUAUUCUACAAAUAUCUCUUCUGUGCCUCAACUCCUUAUGGAGUUUCUUUCCAAGCCUUCCAGUCUCUUGCUAUCUUCUCAAACUCUUUCCAAUAUUUAUUACAACCUUGUUCCCCUCUCUCCUCCAGGUGUUUUUUGGGUCCCCCUCGUCCUCUUGAUCCUUGAGGGUUCUAUACCAGUUCUUGUCUUGUUAUUUUUGGCAUGGGUUUUCUCCUCAUGGUAUGCCCUAUCCAUCCCUCCACCUUCCUUUAUGGAUUUCUUGCUCCACUGGGAUUUGUGCUGUCAUUUCCCACACUGCUGUGUCUGGGAUUUUAUGAAACCAUACACAAAGGUUUCCAGUCAUUUUCAAUCUUCCUUGGUUGAUCUCCAACUUUCUGAGCCAUACAGCAGAACAGAAUUUACAUUUGAGUUAAAAUUUAUAAUUUUUAUCUUUCUCCUUAUUGGCCAAGAGUUCUAAAUAUUUUUUAGCAAAGCAAAAGCCCCCACUUUGCCUUCUAUAUUCUUGCCUUGAAAUCCGACUCCGAUCCCCUGUCCUUCUUCUACCUCUGCCACUGCCUUCCUUCUUAUCUCUUCAACUUCUGUGCCAUUUGCAUUUAUUCUCAUAAUAAUAACUUUUGUUUUCAUUUAUGGCAAGUCUACAAAUGCAGUACAUAUAAAUAUAAUGAAGAAAAAAAAAAUUUGUAAAAAUAUAUUUCUUCACAGAAUGCAGAAAUGCAAAAGGUCAGAAGGAAUCAAACUGUGAGGAAACUUCUCAUCAGCUGUGAUGGUAUUGUUUGAUAAAAUGAUUUAACAUAGCUGUGAUAGUCUCGUUUGAUAAAACAAUGAUUUAAAAUUUAAUCUUAAAUAAAGUAUUUUUGUAAUGCCAAAAAUUCAAAUAAGAUUGAACUAUGUAAACAACACUACAAAAACAUGGAACUUCAUGUAAAUUAAAUUUAUUGAUAAAACAAUGAUUUAAAAUUUAUUCUUAAAUAAGGUAUUUUUGUAAUGCCAAAAAUUCAAAUCAGAGUGCACUAUGUAAAUAACACUACAAAAACAUGGAACUUCAUGUAAAUUAAAUUUAUGAAAAUUUUUUAGUAUGUCAUCAUUCCAGAUGCUUGUUUUGCUUAUGGUACCUAAAAAUAUAUUUCAACAAAUGUUGAUAAUUUCUCCUCCUUUUAUUAAACACAAUAAUUAUAAUUCUUUAUCUCCCCCACCCUUUUCCCCAAAGCCUAAAUGGUAAAAAGUUAUUGAAAUGCCAAAAAUUUUUUCUUAAAUAUCAGUUUGGAAUCUUCUGCAAAAAAAUCUCAAACCUCCUCAUGUAGUUAAAAAUGAUUGUAAAAGGGAGAAUGAAAGCUACAACUAGUAUUUGUUUAAAGCUGUUAUUGCUAAAAUUAGCUCAAUUCUGUCUUAUGUGCCACGAAUUGCCCUCUCAAUCAUCCUACAUGGGGCUGUCUAAAAUCUAAAAUGCCUUGUCAUCUAUUAUUAUUGCUUGUUCAGUGUGUCUGGCAACCUAGACAGCAAAAAAAAUGUUAUAUAUCUGUCAGAAUUUAUGGAGAAAUGUUUUUAUCUAUAUUAGUUAUUAGUUGCUAUUAUGAGCUUUUUAAGUUAAGCAUGGCUAUUUAAGCUUUUGAGAAGUUUUUAGGAGGCUUAGAAACGUAAACAUAACUAUAGAACUAACAGAUGUAGAAUCUGUUCAAAUGGCCCUGGAUCAGGCUCUGUAAUCAAGUACUAUGGUAGUUGAGUUGAUGUUGAAGGUAACCAUGAACUUUUGAAAAAUGUACUGUAAGUUAACCCUUUGUUUAAUAUUUUGUUAUUAAAUUUCAUGCAUUUUUAUACUAAUAAAAAAAAUUUAAAACAACUUUAAAAUUUUUUUUUCAUUAAAAUUAUUGAUCUUUAAAAAAUACUAAGAGGGUUACAACAAUAGUUGGUUGAAAUAGUCUUUUUACUAAUAAAAUACAUCAAUCUUUUAUAAAAAGGAAUUUUAUUAUCCUGCAAAGAAUAUGGUGUAUAAUAAUGGAAUGUUUUGAGUUUAUUUGGAAAGUCACAUUCAGUGUGCACAAAGAUGUAAGUUGUAAGAGAUAAAAUUGUUACAUCUUUUCUUAAGUUUGUUUUAAAACUAAUAAUAGAGUUAAGAAUGACAUAAAUAUUUAAUGUUGUACAACUAAAAUACAUAAGUUUACAAGGCAAGAUGCAGCUCAUAUAAAACUGUACAUAAAAUUCAGAUCCAAGAAGUCACAGCAAACUGAAAAAAUUCUGAGACCUGAAAGACUUAUGAAUAUAUAGUGUGUUAGAAAAUAAAAGACAUAAUUCUUUGGCUCUGAACAAAAUAAGAUUUAAGUAAAACUAAAAAAAAUAUUUUUUUAAUCCAAUAUGGCACACUAUAUGACUUAAUAUGUUUCUCAUAAUUUAAGUUAAAGAAAUCACCACAAUCACAGGAAAUAUCAAAGUUAUGUAAUAUUUUUAAGUUAAAGAUUAAUGAAAAAAUUAUCAAUUUAUUCCUGGUGACAUAUAUAUGAUUUUAGAAUAUACAACAAAAGGUUGUGUUUUUUUAAAUGGUUUAAAUUAACAUGAAAGCCAAAUUUACUGUCAUACUUUUCUUAUCUGACAAUUACUAAAUUGUUAAUUUAAUCAUUUUAACUAAGAAUAUAAUGAUAUAAUUGAUACUUAUGAAAGCCAAAUUUACUGUCAUAUUUUUCUUAUCUGACAGUUACUAAAUUGUUAAUUUAAUCGUUUUAACUAAGAAUAUAAUGAUAUAAUUGAUACUUAUGAAAGCCAAAUUUACUGUCAUAUUUUUCUUAUCUGACACUUACUAAAUUGUUAAUUUAAUCGUUUUAACUAAGAAUAUAAUGAUAUAAUUGAUAUGUAUGCUCAGUUUAUAGGUGGUAAUACAUGUAGGAACGAAUUACAUAUUUAAAAACAAAACUGUUAAUGACCCACCCCCAUAAACCUAUGAGAAAUUUUGUUUAUCUGCUAUACCCUGUGGUAUUUAAAAUGCUAGUUCCCAUACACAUUUAAGACUAAAAUUUACUUCUAAUUUUUGCAACAUAUGACGUGUGUUCUCGAUAGUAGCAGAACUAGCUUGUCACAACUUUUGUGCAUAAAAUUAUCAAUCCCCUUGAUAUUGAAGCUAUCUGAACAUAGUUCUAAAAAAAUUUUGACAGUGUAAUGCAAUAAUUAUGCAUUUAAUGUAUAUUGUCUGUAAAAAAAAAAAAAUACUUUACACAGCUAAUCUAAAAAUAUUUCCCUAAAAAUCAUUCUUAGGGGGUCAACAUUGUUGGGCCUUCAAAAAACCUGUCUUGGUUAAUAAAACUUAAGUACAUAGAUAGCCACUAAAAGAAACCACUACUAUAAUAGAAAUAUAUGAGCAAAAUUUCCUUUUGCAU